AUCUUGCAGCUGUAAGAAGCUUCCCUUUCUCACACCUCACUCUCUCUCUCUCUAGUUCUUCUUUUCUCUCUCUAGAAAAUUUUCAGAUAUUGGAUUGGCGCGAGAGCAAUGAAUUUGGUGAAAGAAAACGAAGAGAUUCACACAAUUUCGCCAUGAGAGCUCAUCGUUUGAGCUUCAUCACCUUCUUCAUUUUGUUUCUUUCAUUGUUCGAUACACUCACCAUCCGCGGCUUGCCGGUUCUCCACGAUUCCGCCAUUGUUUCCAGAAGGAUUCUGCAUCAGCCGUUCUUUCCUUCCGAGCCACCGCCGGUGACUGACUUUCCACCGCCGCCACCGCCGCCGUACUCUCCCUCGGACGACCAGCCUUUUUUCCAUGAGUCCCCUCCGAGUCCAGAUCAGAGUAGUCAACCGCCUCCUUCCGGGAGUAAUGGAACUAUGCCAAUCCCGGCCGCUACGCAACCGUCCAAGCCGACGAAGACCGUCGCGAUUGCGAUUUCGGUUGGGAUUGUGACUUUGGGGAUGCUCUCUGCUCUGGCGUUCUUUCUGUAUCGUCACCGCGCGAAGCAUCCCGGCGAAUCGCAGAAGCUUGUUGGGGGAAAUAAUCCGGAGAGAUUUGCCGAGGACUCCAGAGCGCCGCCGUCGAGUUUCUUCUACAUCGGAACUGUUGAGCCGAGCCAGAGCUCUCUCGUUGAGCAGAGUGGUGCUAAUGGUGCUAAUAGUUCGCCUUAUCGCAAGCUGAAUUCGAUCAAGAGGUCGGAUCGGUACCGUCCGAGUCCGGAAUUGCAGCCGCUGCCGCCUCUACCGAAGCCGCCGGCUGUCAUGUCGCCUCCUGCUCUGUCGUCUUCCGAUGAGGAAAGCCAUGAUACGGCAUUCCAUACUCCGCAAUGCUCGUCGGUGGUCAGUAACGAUGAUGGCUAUUUCUCACCGGGUUCUCGUCGGAGUAAUUCAGUUCAGAGCUGUUCGACGGCAAGCUUUAAGAAUGUCCAUAUGAAUUCGAAUUCUAAUCCUCCUCCUAUUCCUCAUUCUAAAAGAACUUCUCCUAAAUCGAGAUUUUCAGUUUCUUCGACGAAGCGCACUUCAUCUCAGCCACCGCCGCCGCCGCCUCCACCACCGUAUCCGAUUGAUGACCUUCGUGAUACUCCGAAUUCGAAAGAAACAAUGCCUUUUUCGUCCACGAGACCUAAAUUCUCCAAGCCUCCGCCUCCGCCGAAUUUGGCACUUCUUCAAACAAUUAGCAGUUCAGCCACAUUUCCUCAAGUUCCGAAACCUGCUGCACCUCCACCUCCACCUCCGCCUCCGCCUCCACCGCCCCCACCGCCGCCGCCCCCUGUGCGUCCGGCUUCUUAUUCCACUCCACAAAAACUAGGGUUAUCAGAAACGAGAGUGUCUGCAGUGACUACGCCGGACUCAUCUAAAUCGCAGUCCUACUCGGCAGCGAGAUCAAAUCCAUCUUCCACUCCGAGUUCUGGGACAUCAAAGUCUGUUCAAGAAGAUGUCUACCAGAGGAUUAAUUCUAUGGAGAGGCUUGAAGCAGAGGAUACAGAGGGUGCAAAACCGAGAUUGAAGCCCUUGCACUGGGACAAAGUACGGGCAACCUCAGACCGAGCGACAGUCUGGGAUCAACUUAAAUCAAGCUCAUUCCAAUUAAACGAGGACAUGAUGGAGACACUUUUCGGUUUCAAUUCUGCGAAUUCUGUUCCCAAGGAGGUCACGAGAAAGUCUGUUCUCCCCCCCGUUGAGAAGGAAAAUAGGGUGUUGGAUCCGAAAAAGUCGCAGAACAUAGCAAUACUCCUAAGAGCACUUAAUGUCACGCGUGAUGAGGUGAUCGAAGCUCUUCAAGAUGGUAACCCGGAAGGCUUUGGCACUGAGCUUUUAGAAACUCUAGUAAAGAUGGCUCCAACCAAAGAGGAAGAAAUAAAACUCAGAGAGUACUGUGGUGAUGUUUCAAAACUAGGGACUGCAGAAAGAUUUCUCAAGGCAGUGCUUGAAGUCCCAUUUGCCUUUAGAAGAGUUGAAGCCAUGCUGUACAGAGCCAAUUUUGAUUCAGAAGUAAAGUACCUGAGAAAGUCUUUCCAAACCCUUGAGGGUGCAAGUGAAGAAUUAAAGAACAGUAGACUUUUUCUUAAACUACUUGAAGCAGUUCUUAAGACGGGAAAUAGGAUGAAUGUCGGUACGAAUCGUGGUGAUGCUAAAGCCUUUAAGCUUGAAACCCUCUUAAAAUUAGUAGAUAUAAAGGGAACAGAUGGGAAAACAACAUUACUUCAUUUUGUUGUCCAAGAAAUUAUCAGAUCAGAAGGUGGUGCUGAUACAACUAAUGACAACCUUCAACACCGAACGCAAUCCAAAAUCGAGGAUGAGUUUAGAAAGCAGGGCUUGCAGGUUGUGGCUGGACUAAGCAGAGACCUUAGCAAUGUCAAAAAAGCGGCCGGUAUGGACUCAGACGUCUUGAGCAGUUAUGUCACGAAGCUCGAAAUGGGGCUCGAAAAAGUAAGGUCAGUUUUGCAAUUCGAAAAGCCAGGAAUUCAGGGAAGAUUCUUCCACUCGAUGAAAACAUUCUUGAAAGAGGCAGAAGAAGAAAUAGUUAGGAUCAAGGCCGACGAAAGGAAAGCUUUAUCGCUUGUGAAAGCAGCCACAGAGUAUUUCCACGGCGAUGCUGCCAAGGAGGAAGCUCAUCCCUUCCGAAUCUUCAUGAUCGUUAGGGAUUUCCUAACCAUACUGGAUCAAGUAUGCAAAGAAGUCGGAAGGAUGCAGGAUGGAGUAAUGGUGGGCGCUGCUAGAUCGUUUCGGAUAUCAGCAACAGCCUCACUCCCAGUCCUGAGCAGGUACAACAUCAGACACGACCAAAGCUCCGAUGAGGAUAGCUCAUCUCCAUGAACUUCCAAAACACAUAACCUCUUAGGAAGUUCAUCAGAUUGGCUUCAUCCUCCAUCGUUAAUGGCGCACAGGCGGAAUUUCACUCGUUUCUUAGACCUUAGGCAUCUUUCAGACCAGAAAUGGUGGGCAAAGAAUCUCCUUUCCAGAAAACGACAGCCUCGCGAGGUUUGUCAGUUACUCAAAACAGGGAUUUGUGAUGAGAAAAACACAAAUCUGAUGGAAGGAGGAGCAAUGGCAACACUUGAAAGGUACGUCUCAAUGAAAUGAGAUGAAUAAAAAGUUGAAACAAACACAACCACCCAUCCCAUAAUAUUCCACUUAAGAACACACGGCUAUAGAUAGGACACAGUUCUCUAUUUAGAUCAGAUUCCUACACAUUUCCAGAAAAAAGUAGAAUGUUUUUUUGACUUGUUGGUAAUAUGUUAUUGCAUUUGUUCAAUGUUCAAUAAUAAUAAAUAUCAAUUUUUUGGUUCA